CGAAAGAUCUCUGCUCUGCUUUGAUUAGGUUUCUUUGAUUCGCUAGCCUGGGGGGGGGGAGAAAGUGGAUUUCGAAUCAUGGAAGACGAUGACGACUACGUGGAGUACGUUCCAGUGGCGAAGCGCAGAACGAUGGAAGAGCAGAAGAUUCUCCAACGGAAGGGGAAGGUAGUGGAGCUGGAGGAGGAAGCAUCAGCCGAGAAGGAGAAGCUCGCCGAAUCCAAACCCAGCUUGCUCGUCCAAGCAACACAGCUCAAGAAAGACGUACCAGAAGUCAGUGCCACGGAGCAGAUAAUCCUACAAGAGAAGGAGAUGAUGGAGCACUUAUCUGAUAAGAAGACGCUCAUGUCUGUUCGCGAGUUAGCCAAAGGUAUCACAUACACGGAGCCUCUUUUAACACCUCCUUUGCACGUUAGGAAGAUGUCUAGGAAGCAGAUGGAUUUGAUUAGGAAGCAGUGGCAUAUCAUUGUUAGCGGAGAAGAGAUUCCGAACUUCAAGGACAUGAAGUUCCCUAAAGCUGUUUUGGAUAAGCUCAAGGAGAAAGGGAUAGUGCAGCCGACUCCUAUCCAAGUCCAGGGCCUUCCUGUGAUUUUGUCUGGGAGAGAUAUGAUUGGGAUUGCAUUCACUGGAGCUGCGAAUCUUGAUGUCAUACAGGAGGUUGAAUACGUCAAACAAGAAGCAAAGAUUGUUUACCUCCUCGAGUGCCUGCAGAAAACCUCUCCGCCGGUUUUGAUUUUCUGCGAGAACAAGGCUGAUGUUGAUGAUAUCCACGAGUAUUUGUUACUGAAAGGAGUGGAAGCUGUGGCUAUCCAUGGAGGGAAAGAUCAGGAGGAUAGAGAGUACGCUAUCUCUUCGUUCAAAGCUGGGAAGAAAGACGUCUUGGUCGCUACUGACGUUGCUUCAAAGGGUCUAGACUUCCCUGAUAUACAUCAUGUUAUAAACUACGACAUGCCUGCGGAGAUUGAGAACUAUGUGCAUAGGAUAGGAAGAACAGGUCGGUGUGGGAAAACUGGGAUAGCAACUACGUUUAUAAACAAGAACCAAAGCGAGACCACGCUGCUUGAUCUGAAACACUUGUUGCAAGAAGCUAAACAGAGGAUUCCGCCUGUCCUCGCUGAGCUGAAUGAUCCGAUGGAAGAAGCAGAGACCAUUGCCAAUGCAAGUGGUGUCAAGGGUUGUGCUUACUGUGGAGGUUUGGGACAUCGUAUUAGAGACUGUCCAAAACUGAAGCACCAGAAGAGUGUGGCAAUAUCUAAUUCUAGAAAAGACUAUUUUGGCUCUGGUGGAUACAGAGGAGAGAUAUAAUCUUGUUUCGAGGUUCGUGUUCCAGUCUCGUUUGAGAAACCCUUUUUGCAAGUAGUUACUCUGAUCUAUAGCUGUCACCGAAUUGAGAUUUCUAUUCCUUCUACUUUUAACUUUGUCAUCUGGAUAUUUUCCUAGCCGUCUAAAGAGGAAACUCAAGUCUAGUAUAAUGUAUGUUUCAAAUGUAGUCUGUAAUUUCAAGUUUUGUAUCAUUAAACAUCUCUAUUCUGUGAUAAACAAAACUGGGCCAGAAGGCCCAGAACAAAAACUGUAGGGAUUAUAAGC